AUGGCUCCUGGUAGUGGGCGCGACUUCAACUGCACUUGGGAACAAUGUGGCAAGCUCGUCACCGCAGAAUUCACACUGGCAAGCGACCAUAUAUUUGCCAAGAGCCCACCUGUGAACGAAGGUAAGACAGCUUCAAUUUGGUUCAUUAUGCAGCAUCAACAAACUUACCAAAGAGCGCAUUCGCAUAGUUUCUGUCGUAAGACAACCCUCACGAAACAUCAGCACCGUUCCCAUCCCCCAGGAUCUUUGACUCGACCGUCAUCCGAAGAUGCGAACUCCGAGCACUCCUACCACGGGCCUCCAGUGACCGUCUCUAUCCCCAACCCCAAUGAACAGUACUUGCUCGCUCAGCAGCCCUAUUAUCCGAACUCUGCAACGCCAAACCACGAAUUUUAUUCGCCACAAAAUGUUCAGAUGGGCCCAGUACAAGUCCACGAGGGUGCACAUCCGAUUGUCCCGCAAAAUGCUCCCGUUACGUCGCCAAUGAGUAUGCCGCACGCUCCACCACCACAGGCGCCUCCCCAACACCCACAGGCCCACCCGCAGCAACAUCAGCAAUAUCUUCAGAUGAUGCAGCAGCGUUAUGAUCCUACGCCUCGCACGAAUUAUAUACCAGAAUAUCAUCAUCAAGCGCCACCGUAUCAGGGACACCAAUUGCCGGAGGGACAGCCAAUGAUGGUGGGAUACCAUCCUAAUUUCCAGUACAAAACCCCUACCCGGAUCUUGAAUCAACCGGAGGGGACUGACUGGGCUUUUCUGGGAGUAGGAUAA